AUGGCUAAGGAAAGCAAGCCGACGACGGCCGGAGUGGCCCUCCGGCUGACCGUCGCCGCGUGGACGCGGGCUGAGCUCGUCGUACGCGGCGCUGCUACGCGCGCUGUGCCCGUCGAACACGACGCAGACGACGCCGAUCACGACGGCCAUGGACCCCGGGACGCCCAACGUGCUGGACAACAACUACUACAAGCUCCUGCCACGCGGCAUGGGGCUCUUUUCUCCGACAACCAGCUGCGCGUCAACACGCAGAUGGCCGCGCUGGUGAGCAGCUUCGCGGCGAACGAGACGCUGUGGAAGGAGAAAUUCGCGGCGGCCAUGGUGAAGAUGGGCCGCAUCCAGGUUCAGACGGGGACGUGCGGGGAGGUCCGUCUCAACUGCGGCGUCGUCAACCCGAGUUCAUACUCGUCGCCGGCGUCGACGGUGGAGCUGGGUUCGAGCGCGCCAGCCGUCGAUGAAGAGGGCUACGCCGCGAGCUAG